CCAGAGACCUGGGAAGUCUGGACUUGCACACGUAGGAACAAGAAAGCUGUCUCCUGGGAGAAAAGCAGGGAGGCAACCCUCACACUCCAGGAAGGUUCCAGAAGAGGGACUCAGGUACAAAACUUCUGCUGACGAUCCCCUUGAGCUGGGCUCCCAAGGUGCAGGUGGGACACAACGAAAGCCAUCACCCAGCUACGUCUAGACAAGCCUGCCUGUGUGGAUUCCUUGAACUCUGGGGAACGUACCCUACUAACCCAGCUUUGGGCCCUGAACUCCACACCUCUUGUGGACACACAGCCACACACCGGGAUGUGCGCACUGCCCACACCCUGGGAGCCCCUGCGCCGUGUGGCCGUGACUGGAGGAACCCAUGGCAAUGAGCUAGGUGGCGUCUAUCUGGUCCGCCACUGGCUGCAGGCCCCCGGGGAGCUUCAGAGACCUAGCUUCUCUGCCACCCCAAUCUUGGCCAACCCAGCGGCCACAGCUGUCUGCCGACGUUAUGUGGACCAAGACCUCAACCGCACCUUCACCAACACCUUCCUCACUUCCAAGGCCGCUCCUGAUGACCCAUAUGAGGUGACAAGAGCCCAAGAGCUGAACCAACAGUUAGGUCCCAAAGGUUCAGACCAGGCUUUCGACUUUAUCCUUGACCUGCAUAACACCACAGCCAACAUGGGCACCAGCUUCAUCUUGGAAGCCACUCGAAAUCUCUUCCCAGAAGCCACCUUUAGCAUGCACCUGUGCCGCUACCUUCAGCUGCAGAGCCCUGAGCUGACCUACAGCAUCCUGGAGUACCAGGCACCCGGGGAGACCAACGGCUUGCCAUCUGUGGCCAAGAAUGGAAUCUGUUUGGAGAUGGGCCCCCAGCCUCAAGGCGUGCUGCGGGCUGACAUCUUCUCCCGGAUGAGAGCUCUGGUGGCCUCCACUCUGGAUUUCAUUGAGCUCUUCAACAGAGGCACGGCCUUUCCUGCCUUUGACGUGGAGGUCUACAGGAUACUGGACUCUGUUGACUUCCCACGCACCGAGGACGGACACCUGGCCGGAACUGUGCACCCGCAGCUGCAGGACCGAGACUUUGAGCCACUGCUGCCUGGUGCUCCUAUUUUCAAGUUGUUCAACGGUAAGGAUGUGCUGUACGAUGGCGACUCCACAGUAUACCCGGUCUUCAUCAACGAGGCUGCCUACUACGAGAAGUCGGUGGCCUUCUUGAAGUCUCGGAAGCUUACAGUCUCUGUGCCCGCCCUGCCAGCACUGACUGCCGCCCCCACUCUGGCUCCCUGACCCAAGCCGCUCCCGUUUCAGUGUCCUCAUCUGUGCCCACUGUGGGCCACAUUCCUUGCCAGGCCUCAGUUUCCUAUGUUGUGUCGUGGUUCCUGUCCUAGUCCUGUGCCCGAGCUGUGGCUGGGGAAGUGGAUGGAGGAGGAGAGGGCUGCCGAUGGGCUUGUACUUGGGUCUGUUCUCUUUCAUGCAUGCUCCAGGGGGAACUGGAGGCUGGCCAAUGUAGCCUUGAACAUGUUGGGCAUCCUGGUGCCAGUGUUGCCUGACUCUGUGCUCCACUUGGCCACAUAAUGCCCAGAGGCAGAUCCUA